UUUAGCGGGCGCCGGCGCCCGGAAGGUCAGCGUGUGAAGGAGGUGGUUGUUACGCGGGUCUCCCCACUAUUACAGAGGAGAAACGGGCGAGCACGCGAUCUCGGCCUGAAGCGGCGGGGAGAAGCAGACGGGCAGUUUGCUGCGACACCAUGGAGGGCGGCGGCGGAAGCGGCAACAAAACCACAGGGGGGUUGGCCGGCUUUUUCGGAGCCGGUGGAGCAGGCUACUCGCACGCGGAUUUGGCCGGAGUCCCGCUAACUGGUAUGAACCCUCUGUCUCCUUAUUUAAAUGUGGAUCCACGGUAUCUCGUGCAGGAUACAGAUGAGUUUAUUUUACCAACUGGAGCUAAUAAAACCCGGGGCAGAUUUGAACUGGCCUUCUUUACCAUUGGAGGAUGUUGUAUGACAGGGGCUGCAUUUGGGGCAAUGAAUGGUCUACGGCUAGGACUGAAGGAAACCCAGAACAUGGCCUGGUCCAAACCAAGAAAUGUACAGAUCUUGAAUAUGGUGACCAGGCAAGGGGCACUUUGGGCUAAUACUCUAGGUUCUCUGGCUUUGCUCUAUAGUGCAUUUGGUGUCAUCAUUGAAAAAACACGAGGUGCAGAAGAUGACCUCAACACAGUAGCAGCUGGUACCAUGACGGGCAUGUUGUAUAAAUGUACAGCUAAUCUCCAGAACUUUUCUUCAUCUUGGAAAACUGAAACCCUAUACCCAUUAAACAACAACUCUGCAUUUCCCCCUUCUACAGCCCCUGGCAACCACCAUUCUACUUUCUAUCUCUCUGAAUUUGACUGCUUUAGGUACCUCACGUGGUCUUCGAGGGGUGGCACGAGGCGGCCUGGCAGGACUAACCCUUACGAGCCUCUACGCGAUAUAUAAUAACUGGGAGCACAUGAGAGGCUCCUUGCUCCAACAGUCUCUCUGAAGAUUACUAGCUGGUGAACGGAGGACACUUUAGUAGUCAUCCAGAUCAAUUUAUAAGUCAGUCUGGAGUCAUUUACUCUUUUACCUGCAACUAGUUUGAAAAAGGAGAUUCCAGUUUGCUGUGAUGAAGAUCAUGGAUGGUUGACCAGGACUGGCACUCCUUCCAGCCAUUAAUGAGUUGAAGCCAAAAUCCCUUGGUGGCUGAGUAAUGUGGUUCUCUUCUCCUUUAAAGAAGAUCUUGCACCUGUUUUUUCUCCUACCCCCCGAACUGGAAAACCACUUACUCCCAGAAUUCAGGUCAUGCUUGUCAAUGCUGUAUCACCACAUUUGUUCAUUUAAUAAUCCAAGACUGUAAUACUGCCCUGUAUUCCCAAUAAAGGGUAAAAACGGAACCAAAGUCAUAACUCCAACAUAAAACACAGUGGGUGUCUCC